UUCAUCAAGUAUAAGUCACUCUGUUUUCUUCAUUUUUCAUUCUCCAGAGUCCCAUGGCUUUUCCAUGUGUUUCUUUCAUUCUUCUUCUUCUUCCUCUUCUUCUUCUUCAAGAGUCUUCCUUUGUUCUUUCUCGGCUUUCAACCAAUGUUUACAUUGUGUAUAUGGGAGAAAGACCCCAUGAUGAACCAGAACUCAUUGAAGACUCUCACCACCAAAUUCUCUCAAAUCUCCUUGGAAGCAAAGAAGCUGCCAAGGAAUCGAUUUUAUACCACUACAAACACGGGUUCUCAGGGUUUGCUGCAGUUUUAACAGAGUCUCAAGCCAAGGUUAUUGCAGACUUCCCUGGAGUUGUCCGUGUGGUUCCCAACAGAAUUCUCAGCCUACAAACAACUAGAAGCUGGGAUUUUCUCCAUGUAAACCCUCAUUCAGGGACUGGAAUCCUUUCAAAGAGUCUUUCGGGUUUUGGGUCCAUCAUUGGCAUCAUAGAUACAGGGAUAUGGCCUGAGUCUGAUAGCUUUAAAGAUAAGGGCAUGGGUAAAAUCCCCUCUCGCUGGCAUGGGACAUGUCAAGAAGGAGAACAAUUUAACCGCUCCAACUGCAACAGGAAAAUAAUCGGUGCGCGUUGGUAUAUCAAAGGAUAUGAGGCUGAUUUUGGAAAGCUGGAUACAAGUGGGGGUGUUGAAUUCUUGUCUCCUAGGGAUGCAGUAGGCCAUGGUACUCACACUGCUUCAAUCGCUGCGGGUUCUCUAGUAAAAAAUGCAAACUUUAGGGGACUAGCUCGAGGAUUGGCAAGAGGGGGGGCUCCAUCAGCUCAGUUAGCUGUCUACAAAGUCUGCUGGUCUACUGGUGGAUGCAGCUCAGCGGAUGUUCUUGCUGCAUUUGAUGAUGCUGUUCUUGAUGGGGUGGAUGUUCUCUCAGUGUCCCUGGGCUCAUCCCCGCCACUUACUGCUUAUUUUGAUGAUUCUUUGGCCAUUGGUUCCUUCCAUGCUGUAGCUAAAGGGAUUUCUGUUGUAUGCUCUGCUGGUAACUCUGGCCCUUACCCUCAAACCGUCAUCAAUACGGCUCCAUGGAUCAUAUCAGUUGCAGCCAGCACCAUUGAUAGAGCUUUCCGAACUGUGAUUACCUUGGGGAACAACCAAACUCUUGUGGGACAGGCUUUGUAUACAGGGAAGAAUGUGAAUAAGUUCUACUCUUUUGUGUAUGGAGAAAGCAUUGUCUCACAAGAUUCAGAUGAAGAUAGUGCAAGAGGUUGUGACAUAGGAAGCUUGAAUGCUACUUUAGCAAGCGGAAAUGUUGUUCUCUGUUUCCAAACUCGGUCUCAGAGGUUCUCUGCCACUGCAAUAAGAACUGUACUAACAGUUGGGGGUGUUGGACUCAUUUUUGCCAAGUCUCCCAGUAAGGAUGUUACACAAUCUAUGGGAAUCCCCUGUGUCGAGGUGGACUUGGUUAUAGGGACAUCUCUGCUGACGUACAUGGUGUCAACCAGCAAGCCUAUGGUCAAGUUUAGUCCCACAAAGACAAAGGUGGGACUACAGAGUUCCCCAGAGGUGGCUUACUUCUCUUCCAGAGGACCCAGUUCUCUUUCUCCCUCUGUGUUGAAGCCUGAUAUUGCUGCUCCUGGGGUGAGUAUAUUGGCUGCCUGGUCUCCUGCUGCUUCUUCCCCCACAAUUGAUAUGACUCAAAAAGAAUUACCUCCUGAGAACUUCAAUAUUGAGUCAGGAACCUCCAUGGCUUGUCCCCAUGUUUCUGGCAUUGUGGCUCUUCUCAAUUCCAUGUACCCCACCUGGAGUCCUGCUGCAAUCAAGUCUGCUCUUAUCACAACAGCCUCUGUGAAGGAUGAGUAUGGUCUAAAUGUAGUGGCUGAGGGAGCUCCAUACAAGCAAGCCGACCCGUUUGAUUAUGGAGGUGGUCAUGUAGAUCCUAACAAGGCCAUGGACCCUGGUCUCAUAUAUGACAUGGGAAUGAAAGACUAUGUCCAUUUUCUGUGUUCCAUGGGCUACAACACCACUGCUAUCCACUUAAUCACCAAGUCCCCAUGCCCCAAAAACCAAAACCGAAACCUCCUCCUGAACCUUAAUCUUCCUUCCAUCAUCAUUCCCAAUCUGAAGAAGAGCUUAGCAGUAUCAAGAACAGUGACAAAUGUUGGUCCAGAAGAGUCUGUGUACAUAGCCCAGGUUGAAGCUCCUCCAGGCACAAAUGUUAGAGUGGUGCCAUGGAUUUUAUCAUUCAAUUCCACCACAAAGAAGCUAAAGUUCAAGGUAUUCUUUUGUUCCCAGCAAAGACUACUAGGAAGAUAUUCAUUUGGGCAUCUGUUGUGGGGAGACGGCUUCCAUGCAGUGAGAAUACCAUUGAUCAUCGGAACCGUAAAUGCAGAUUUGUAAGUCCUAGAGUGCAUUUGAUAGUGUUUCUCUUUGAAGUGCUUUUAGUGAAAACUUUUUUGUUUAGCAGUGUUUUUAGGGGAAUUGCCUAUCGAGUAUUUCUUUAAAAAGUAUUGUUAGUGAUUUUUCAA